AUGGAUAGUGGACUAGUGGCUUCUCCCACCUACCAGAACUUAGCGUUCCACCGAAGACCUCCACCACCGCCGCCACGAUCUCCUAGCCCAGACGAAACACCACCAGCCCUUCCCCCGCGGAAGUACAGAGAAACCCAGCAGUCAACAGUUGUUGAGAAAUCUGGUAAGAAUUGCAUUCAGACCACAUCCGAGAAGCCAUCGAUGGCGCCAAGCCUGCCUGGUGACAAAAGCAGUGGCAGCGAUGUUCCAGCGAGCAGGCCCAUGAAAGAAGAUAAUCCGGUGGACAGAAGCAAAAGAGAUUUCAAAAGUUUGAUGACACAGUGGGAAAACAAUUCGCCAAGGGAGGACAUGUACACAGCAGAGUUGCGAAAACAAGCCAAGAAACUCUCAGGGAACCAACCACAGCAACAACAGCAACAACAACAACAGCU